AGUCGCAUUCUUUGUCCCCCCGCCCGUCGAGCCUAAUGCGCAUGUAAACUUGAGUCUAAUCGGAAUGCGCAGAAGAACUUUUAUUUUGAUAUGUAGAACUUAUAUACAUAUACACAUGCUCCCGGUGUUUUACAACGGAUUAUUUUACAAACUUGGGUGAAAAUGGCUUUGAUUCAAUUUAUGGUCUUGAUUGUAAAAAAUCAAAUAUGGCGACCAAUGAAGGAAGCGUUUUCCAAUAUACUCAUGUAUGAUUCGAAGUAUAAAGUCGGACAAUGAAUAUGUCAUAUCAGGUGACCUCCUCUGGAGGGAUAAACGUCGGCAACAUGAACGCCAUCACCAUCAACACUCAACAGAUUGGGCACAUCAGCUCAGGGAUGAUGAGUGAUGACCUGAGCGAGCCGAGUUCUCCGGACAGCUCCUCGUUCGAUGCUUCCGACCUUCUGAGUACAUCCGUGCAGGACGAUGUCACAGCUCAACUGGCAGCUGCAGGUCCCAUUGGAGUUGCUGCAGCAGCAGCCAUUGCUUCAAGCAAGAAGCGGAAACAUCCACAUCAUUUUGAAACCAACCCGUCAAAGAGAAAACGGCAACAAACAAGGCUUUUACGGAAACUGAAGGCUACCAUUGAUGAAUACAACACGCGGAUUGGUCAGCAAGCCGUGGUCCUGUGUGUGACCCCCGGGAAACUGAGCCAGUCCAUCAACGCCUUCAAAGUGUUUGGCUCUCAGCCUCUAGAGGGUGUGAUGAGAAACAACAAGAGCAUGAUUGUCCAAGAACUAGAGCAGUCACUCAAUGAACAGGCCCCGCCCUCUCAGCCAGACACAUCAGGCCUGCAUGAGUUGCCUCCCCUCAAUAUUGAUGGAAUCCCCACCCCUGUUGAUAAAAUGACACAAGCCCAGCUUAGGAACUUUAUUCCGGAGAUGCUGAAGUACUCUACUGGGAGGAGUAAACCAGGCUGGGGUAAGGAGGAGUGCAGACCCCACUGGUGGCCCGAUGAUCUACCCUGGCAGAACGUCAGGAGUGAUGCCCGCACAGAGGAGGAGAAACGGAAGGUAUCAUGGACAGAAGCAUUGCGAGCGAUUGUCAAAAACUGCUACAAACACCAUGGCAGAGAGGAUCUCCUGCAUGUAUUCAGCGAGGACAGUUCUGGUCCCUCCACUCAUCCCCUCCCCCAGGCUCAGGCUUUUGCAGGGACCAUGGUGCAGACCAUCAACAACCCCGACGGAACGGUGUCGUUCAUACAGAUAGACACCUCCCCCCAGUCCGUGGUCACUCUUGCUGACGGCACACAAGCCACCGUUGUACAUGCUAUUCCCAAUAUUGGUCAGCAGGAAGCCACUCAGGCGGUGCAAACUUUGGCCGAUGUGGCCACCCACCAUGAUCUUCCGCAUGGUCUGACAGCGCAACCGAUCACCAUGGAGAUGAACCCGGAGACAGGUCAGGUCACCACUCUACCUUUCAGUCAAGGUCAUCAAAUCAUUCUAGCUGAUGACUCUUCUCAUAUAGGCGGAAUAGUAACAAUACCUGUCUCCAUGUACCAAACAAUCACCGGGGCAACCGUCGGCAUGACAGCAGGAGAUCAACAGCACAUACAGGUUGCCAUGACACCAAUCUCAGCCGCCGGAGCUACGUUGGCCAAUAUAAAUGACAUUGUCAAAGUAGCCGGCCAAUCAGCAGAUGUCACCAUGGAUCAGAAUUCCUCGGGGUCAUAAUUCAGGACAUUUUAGAGAAAAAUUUGUAAAUUUUUUAUUAGAGAUCAUUUGAUGUGAGAUGAUGUGCAAAUGAGAAAUUGUGUUCGUAUUGUUGUGCAUUUUUGUGUAGAAAUUUGAUGCAUUUUCCAAACAUUUUUGGCUUAUUAGAGAAGUCUCAAUAUGCAAUAGUGUUACCAAAGCAGACCGUUUUAUAUUGCAUCUAUAUAAGUAAGAGGAGUGAAGUAUUUUGGAUGGUAUGCAUGCUGAUAUUUUCUUAUUUUUACACAGAUAAACAAAGCCUGAUUAUUUUUUCCAUCCGUGAUAUUUUCAUUAAAAUUCCCCAUAAUUUACAGCUUGAAGUGUGCAUAUUUUUCUAAGGAAUAUGAUGUAAUGACUAUGAAGCAUUGUCAAGAUUAUUUUCCUACAGAAGUAUGGUGGAACAUAAGAGAAUUUUAUUGUAGAUCAAUUUUCAUUAAUUCCGGCAAUUUCCAUGGCCGCUCCACACCCAUGAAUUUACAUCUUUAAAAAACUGUGAAAAUCUUUAUUCGUUUUAUACAAAAAAAACUCUAUUCAUUUCAUACAAAAAUAUAAUAAAAUCAUGUAAUUAUUUUAUACAAAAAUGUAAUUUAAACCCAUGAUGUGAUAUCCCUGAAAAUUUGACAACUUAGAAAAUUAUCCCCAACAAUUUUAAAUGAUUUUUCUACACUACUAUUACUUGCAUUUUUAAACAAUGUACCGUGUAUUUCUUAAGAGCUUUUUAUAAUAUUUGAUAAAAUAUGUUUUUCAUGCUUUUGAUGUAAUGUAGUUUGAAAUUGACAACGUCACAAGCAGUCAUACAAUCUAAUGUGUUUCAAAAAGAACUGACAAAGUGUAACAAUUGCUGAAUUAUAGUGAAUUAUAGCUGAAGGUUGUAAGCCUAUAAGAAAACACAACAAAAACUGCACCAGUAAACAUGUAUUUGUUUGUAACAAAAAAUGAGAAAAUACUUGAACAUACUUACAGUAUAUCACAUGUACAUGCAUGUUACGAAACCUUUUUGAUUUUUUUUAAAGAAGCAUUUGAGAUAGUGAGCAUUGCAUUUCAUACUUUUCAGCCAAUUUUAUCCUGCAUAUGAUUUUUUGUAUGCUAUUUAUGUCAGUGAGAGAAUAUGAGAGUCUGAGUAAUUGUUUAUUUUUACAGUAAAUGAUCUGAAACUGUU